GUCUAUCAAGGACUAGUUGCACCAAAGGGUGGCACAAAUAAAGACAAAGAAGAGACAUGAGAAGCAAAAUUCAACAAGCGGAGUUUGGAUGCACUUAGUAAAUGACCCCACUGAACUCCAGCUCGAACUCUCACAAACGAUUCGCAAUGCUCCACCAUUCAAAUUUGCCCUUUCGAUGAUAUGAGUGGGCCAAUUUGUCUCAAAAACUUGUGGUUAUUAGCAACAAGAAACUACAUUGCUGUGGGCCCCUCUUGUAUCUGUGUUUUAACCGAUUAUAUGAUAAAUCAACCUGGUUCAGUUGCCCUUCCUGACUCGAGCACAAGUGAAAAACAAAAGAAAAAGAAGCCCAUAACAGUGGCAGGUGAGAGUAAGCUUCACAUAGCUAUGUUUCCAUGGCUGGCCUUCGGUCACAUGAUCCCAUUCUUAGAAUUUGCCAAGCUCGUAGCUGAAAAGGGUCAUAAAAUUUCCUUCAGUUCUACCCCAAAAAACAUCGAUCGUCUCCCAAAACUCCCUCCCCAUUUGGCUUCUCUAAUCCAUUUUAUCAAACUCCCACUACCCCAAAUCAACCAUCUCCCACAAAACGCAGAAGCAACCAUAGAUGUUCCUUUAGACGACGUUUGGUACUUCAAAAAGGCCUAUGAUGGUCUCCAACAACCCAUGGCUCAGCUACUUCAAUCUUUGUCUCCUGAUUGGCUUCUUUUAGAUUUUGCUGCUUAUUGGCUACCAAGUAUAGCUCGUAGUCUCAACAUUCCUAACGCAUUCUUCAGCAUAGUCACCGCAGCUUGCCUUGGCUACCUUGGACCACCGUCGUUUCUUAUGCAUGGCGACGAGGAUCACAAAAAACCUGAAGAUUAUGCGGUUUUGCCCAAGUGGGUUACUUUUCCUUCAACGGUGAGGUUGAAGCUUUAUGAAGUCUUGAAGAUCUAUAACGGAAUAACUGGCGACAAAACCAACACUUCAGACUUCUAUCGUUUUGGUGCGACCUUAAAAGAUUGUGAUAUGGUGGCUGUAAGGAGUUGCAUGGAGUUAGAACCUGAGUGGUUAAAACUCUUAGAGCAACUUUAUGAGAAACCUGUUAUCCCAGUUGGUGAACUUCCCACGACGGAUUACAAUAACAGCGAGGAAACUGAGGGUUGGAAGUCAAUGAAAGAGUGGCUAGACAAGCAAGAGAAAGGAUCUGUUGUAUAUAUUGCUUUUGGAAGUGAAGCAAAACCGAGCCAAGAAGAACUGAAUGAGAUAGCUCAAGGGUUAGAGUUUUCAGGGUUGCCUUUCCUUUGGGUGCUAAGGAAGAGUCGCGGAUCAACUGAUGCUGAACCCAUCAAGUUACCAGAAGGGUUCGAGGAGCGAACUAAAGAGCGUGGUGUGGUUCUCACGACUUGGGCACCUCAGCUCAAGAUUUUAGCUCAUGACUCGAUCGGUGGGUUCUUGACUCACACAGGGUGGAGCUCAGUGGUAGAGGCACUUCAAUUUCAGAGACCUCUUAUAUUGUUUACCUUCCUCGCUGAUCAAGGGAUCAAUGCCCGCUUAUUGGAGGAGAAGAAGAUUGGGUAUUCGAUUCCGAGGAAGGAGCAAGACGGAUCUUUUACUAGGAAUAGUGUGGCUGAGUCAUUGAGGUUGGUAGUGGUGGAGGACGAAGGGAAGAUUUACAGGGACAAAGCAAAGGAAAUGAAAAGGGUCUUUGGCGACAGGGACAAACAAAACUGGUACCUGGAUAAUUUCUUGGGUUACCUUGAAAAUCACAGGCGUCUCAAGAACCCCGAAGUCGAUGGCAUUGAUCAAAAUUAAUUUGGCUUAGUAUCCAAAAAGAAGAAGAAAUAUGAACCUUGUAUUUCUAUGAGAAUAAGGUUUUUGUCCAAGGUUUCUAGGUCUCUCCCUCUUUCUCUUCCAUAGGCUCAUUAGGGUAACAAUAUGAUGGUUUGAGAAAAAACUCAGAAUCAUGAGUAUUUAAAUUAAUAAAAUUAUGUUAUGUUAUUAAAAUUAUUGA